GGGGUCUAUAGUAUUGCAUUGCAUUGCAUUGCAUUGCAUUGCAUUGCAUUGCAUUGCAUGCUGCGCUGCAUGCGGCGUGCGCUGCGCCGUGCUUUAAAUCGUGCAUGCAGCGUGCGGCUGGGGUGCGUUAAAUCGUGCUCUAAGCGUGCGUGCAGUGUGCUGUAGCUAGGCGUGCAUUGCACGCUGCUUUAAAUCGUGCGUGCAGCGUGCUGCAGCUGGGAGCGCGUUCUUUUGCAUAAAAUGUGUGCAGCUGCAGCUUGGCAUGCAAUGUGUAUGUGUUCCACGUGCAAAUAACGUAUUGCAUCUGGGGCUGGGCAUGCAUUAAGUCAUGCUUCGAAUAGGCGUACUAGGUGCUGUAACUGGUGCUAGGCGUGCAUUGCAUCGUGCUCUAAAUGUGCAUGCAACAUACAUGCUAGGAGUGCAUUAAACCACGUGUGCAGUUGUGCAGCUGUGUGUGCAGUGCACAUGCAUUCAAUGUGUGUGCAGUGUGCAUCAGAGGUUGGGUGUGCAUUAAGUUGAUCUGUAAAUGUGCACAGUGUGGUGCAUCGUGGCUGGGCUUACAUCACACACACAACAUUCUGCAUCCGUGGCUGUAUACAUAGAGCUCUUGCUGUUUGAGGCUAGGCUUGCAUUAAAUGGUGCACUAAAUUUGCACACAAUGGGCUGGCUGUGCAUUAAAUAGCACACCGAAUGUGCAUAUAACUGCUGCACCUGGGGCUAUGCAUGCAUUCAGUUGUGCAGCUAGGCAUUUCACAAUUACUUUGUUAAGUAAUUGAUUAAAUGUCCAUGUAGCAUAUUGCACUUGGAACUGGGCAGGCAUUAAAUAGUGCUUUAGAUAGUGCACUAGGUGUGCAUGCAAUAUGCUGCAGCUGAUGUUGUGCAUGCAUUAAGCAAUGCAUUAAAUAGGUGCAUGGCAAGCUGAACCCAGGGACCCUACAAAGGAAAUAGGAGAGAACACAAUGCCAAAAGGAACCACUGCAGGACGUAGCCACCUGCCUGGCUGCAGCAUUGGCUGGGCAGAACUAAAGCCAUGCUGAAGCUGCUUUGCAUCCCUGCAGCUGCCCGUUACCAGCCCACUCUAUGUGCCAGGGAGGAUGCUCGGGGCCCCCUGCCUGCACACAGAGCUCAGCGGGGAACCUAGCGAGCUCCUGCAGCCCUUUGCAUGGGGGACCUGGGCACAAGAGGAGUUUUGGGAUGCUGUUAACCUGGUUCUGGUUCAGGAACAGAGUGGCAGGAGCUCAGAUGUGCUUUUGCAGAGCCAGAGGUGGUUGCGUGAGAUGCUGCCAAGCGCUGGAGUGUACUACUUCCCUUGGGAGAUCAACAGCUCCAUCCCAGAGGGGGAAGCACUGAGGACAUUUGGCAGGCUAAGCUGCUACGACCUGGCCCGGUCCGAAGCCAUUCUCAGCACUCAGCACGGCUCAGCCCAGCACCACAUCCACAUCAACACCGCACUGGUAGAACCGUUUGGAGCCCAGCUGGGAUCUCUCUACGUGGUCCUGGGAGAGGCUGAACACAGGGAAGGUGAGAGUCCUGUGAUAAAAGCCCGAAUAUUGACCUGUGUGGAAGGGAUGAACGUACCCCUCCUGGAACAGGCCAUCCAGGAGCAGAGGAAGUAUUUCCAGGAGAGGCAGCAGCGGAUGGAAUCUGGCACAUCUUGACAGCAGCUCUGACCCCAGCCCUGCGCUGGUCCCCACCACAGCCAUCCAGCAGCUGCCGUCUGUAGCAAACAUUUGGGAAGUGUGUUUAGAAGGUGGGUUUGAAACACUGCUGCUUUUUGCCAUGGCAAAGAGAAGUCACUAGAUAGGGAAAGUAUGCGAAAAUUUAACCAGUAUGUAAAUGUGGAGCUGCCAGUUUGUACCAGGUGUCACCAUGGAAAAUGAUUCUGGGAAGCAAGUUUGUUGUUUAAGAGGGUGGUUAAGGGAAGAGAGUGCAUGAGUUACAGCAGUCCUUUUGUAAUGCAGGGCUUGGAGAGGUCAGAAAAAGGCAAAGUCUCUGAAUGUGGAGUUAAACAUCUGCGCACGUCCGCAUACGCUGCCAACAUGCAGCAAAUGGGAGGUAAAGGGCAGUAGUGCAAAGUUUGUUAGCCCUGCGUGGCUAUGGGUCCACAAGUGCACAUAUUGGGUUGUGGUGACUCAGCUGCCACACAGAAACAUUCCUGGAAAAACACACAGUUCUGGAUUGAACAACAAAGGAACAAGAAGAGCAAGGAGCCACUGCUUCACUAGAACUGCCUCCUAGAGGGUUCAGGAGCCUGUAUCCAAGGUGCAUGAUUGACUUUAGCUCUAAAUUAAAAUUUGCACUGCCCUGAAAACCAUCACUUGACUUUCUUCCUUGACACAACUAAGUUUAGGAGACCUUAAAUCAUUAUUUUUGGAAGCAUCUAAAGGUUUUGAUUGAUAUUUUCCUAAAUAAAGAUUAAAAGAGAA